AAAAUACAUUCGCCUAACAUCUCAUGGUUACAGCAAGCGCUUUCCUGGCUACUAUAUGAGCUCUUUUAUAUGGCUGAGUGAGCUCUUUGAAUGACUUCAAAUGUGGCUGACGAAAUUAAGAGCAAAGUUUCACAAGGACCGACAUCAGGAGGACAUAGCGCUGCGGGACUUCCAGCCAAAGCGAGAUUUCGACCUUGAGCGAACACGUCAGCUGGGCAAGCCCACGAGGUCUUCAAAACACUCCCUGGAGGUAGCCGCAUCGGAGCUGCCCAGUGCUGAGGAGAGGAUCGCCAUGAUGGACGAGGUCCGUGAGCUUCGGCUUAAAUCCAGCAAGACUCCCGAGGAAUGGAGACGGCAGAGAGAGAUAACUGCCUGGCUGAACGCCCUGGCCCUCCCUGUCUAAUCUUAUCUAAUCCUGACGGGUUUCAAGGCUCGAUAGGGGUCAGCGUCUAGAUAACUUUGCAUCCGGAGCAUGCCGUUUAAUAUUUUUUGUCAAUGUCUUCGUGAGUACAAGCCAUUGAAGCCCUUGUCUCCAAGGAAGGCCGGACGUCGCUUUGGACUUGUUUGUGUCUAUUUCGCCUGUGGCGCAACGCUUAGUGGUAGUUGUGUUUUCAUAUCCGACCUAGAAGAUCGCUUCUCUGCCCUACCCGAGGCCAAGCGGAGAAACGUGCUAGUGACGGCUGCCCAUGUGCUCAAACCGCCGGAGGAGGAACGCCCUCGGGUGGCGCCCAACUGCAGUGUUUGACUAUUGCGGGCAGUGUCAAUCGUAGAUCUCCACGUGCACAUGUUUGAUGGUACCCACUGUUCUGUCGACCCUCAGGAGCGUGUCGGCUGGGUGGUUGAGCCAUGGGUUGUUAAGUCAGUGCAGGUCGUCAAGAUACCGGCUGAGGCGCAAGUGGCGAAGGAUGCCGUGCGCAAGUUGGAAGACGAACAGAGCAGCGAGAUGCCCAUGGGAAUGCCGCACGUUUGCCGGACAAGGGUGGGGCCAAAGGUGAUGAAGGUGGAGGAUCGGAGCGCUUCCAGGACAUCAAUUGCGAUGUCAGUGGCAGCGAAUUUGUGGGUGAUGACGCCAUCACGGGCGCUGGUAUGGUAUGGCCGGGUUGUGCCAGAGUCAAAGGUGACAGAGUGGUAGGUAUUAGUGCCAGGCUUGCGGGGGUUGGGGGUGAGAGAUGACGCGGAUGCUCGGUAACUAAGCAAGGAGAGAGGUGAGAGGUGAGAGUGGCUUGCAGGACGGCAUGGGGCAUGUUCGUGUACAGGCGGCUGAAGUCGCGGGGGGUGUGAUGGGAGGCAUGGGCGGGCGAGUACUGUGCGGCGCCAUGUUGGCUGCGAGGGACAUGACGGCUCCGGAGGAGAGACACAUCCAGGGCUGCAUGCCAGGCAGGGCGCAGCGUCAGAGGGCAGUGAGUCUGACCCUGGCGGCGCGGAGGACAGCAGUGACCAGGUCGCUGAGGGAGGUGACGGGGCAGCUCUGGGAGCAGGCGGGGAAGCAUACGGAAGGGGGCUGCUUGUGCAUCUUGAGUGUGCCAGCAUAGUAGGCGGGAGCCAGAUCAGUAUCAAGGGAUAGGUGCCAGUGUUGGAGGCGCAUGUGCUGGGCGGCGAAGAAGGCAUUGGGUGCGAGGGGCAUGGGCUCGUAGUAAGCUGCGGCGGUUGGGAACGUGGGGGGAGAUGAACUUGGGUGCAUGCUGGGUGACCGCGGCGCCAUAGUGGACGUGCAGUCAGUCAGUGGCACGGAAGGUGGCGGCGGCGGCAGAGGUGCACGCAGCCUCGUCAGCGGCGGCGUCAUUGUGGGCAGCAGCAGUGGACCAGGUGGCGGGUGAAGGGUGGCGGGCCGCCACCGGGAAGGAAGGGCUGCAGGGCGCAAGGGGAGCGGCCAUGGGGGAGGAGGAGCCUGGAGUGAGGAACCCAGGGGGGUGGCGGGCGGUAGAAGGGGCGGCUGCAGCGGCAGGGCAGGGGGCGGGGCGACAUUGCGGGCGGGAAGGUGAGGGAGGGCCGGCGGGGAGAGGGGGGGUUGUAAAUACCAGCCCAA